GACUAAAAAAAAGGGUCGGGGACCUGGCUGAUUUACCCCUAUGGAAUCCAACACAAAAACUGAAAAUCGCGAGAUCAACUGGUCCUUGAAAAUAACAAGUAUUUAAGAGAAAUAGAGGAUUUGCAGAAGAAAUUGGACAUGUAUGUAUUAAAAUGUGCGGAUUUGCAGACGAAUCAUGAUACACCAAACAUGAUUCCAGCUCAACCAACUAUUGAAAAGGAUAUCAAUCAAAUGCAAUCAGAGCAAAAUCUUACUUUGCGAAAAACUUUGAAGGAAUAUGCAGAAGAUAUUGCAAAAUUUAGCGCAAAAGAAUCUGAAUUAUUAGCUCUUAAUGAAGAAUUGAGUGCAGUAAAUGUGACUCUAUCCAAUGAACUUUCGAUGUAUAGAUCUAGAAGGGUUGGAGUCAUAUUAGAUAGCCAAUGCGUAAAGAAAAUUCAAAAGAAAUAUAUAUGUGAUGUUGAAACAUUAGCAAACACAAUAAAUCUGGAACGCAAACAUAGAUGCAGAGAACAAAUAAUAAUGGCAAAACAUUUAGGUGAAAGAAAACGAGAAAUUAGAUACCUUCAUGGAGAAGUCCAACACGUUAUACAGAAUAUGGAUUGCAUUAAUAAAAAAAAUUUCCUCUUAACAAAGAAUUUGCAGCAAGAAAUUUGUAAUCUGCGAAAGUUUCAAAACAUGACUGUCGGCGAUGAAACAACUUCUUGUGAUUCUAACAUUCCACAUACAAAGAUGACGUUAGAACAGGAACGACCAACCGAUGAACUACACCAGCCAAAAUAUUGUCAACUGUUCAAAGCUAGCCGAAACGGUAUCGAGCGUUUGGAGAUAAGCGACAGCGAAAACGAUAGAAAUACGAGAAUCGUUACUUUAGAAAACUGUGUUAAAAUUGUUCUUGAGCCAUCUCCAGGAAAUAUUAUUAAUGUCGUUACAAAAACAGGUCAAAUUCAACUACACUCAACUAACGACAUUAUAAUAAGGCAAUGGAAAAUUGCAUUACAAUCUGUUGCGUUUAGUGUGACUUCAGCCCACAGUAGUAAUUUAUCCCGCAGUGCUAUAAUUGAAGCUGAUAAUGAUUUAUAUUGUUCUUCAUAUAGUGAAGGAAAAUUUAAAGUUAACCUUAUUCCAACAGAUGCGUCUGUUAAAUGUGGACUGGAACCAAAAUUGUAUACUCUCAGAUUGACCAGUUCUGAUAUUUUGCUGAAAUGUUAUGACGAUGAAACAAUUACAGUAGCCAAAUGGCCUUAUCGAUUUGUUAGAAAGUAUGGCUAUCGAGAUGGCAAAUUUACUUUUGAAGCAGGUCGAAUGUGUGAUACCGGCGAAGGCACUUUUAAACUGGAUAAUGCAAAUCCUCAAGAAAUAUUUAGAUGUAUGGCAACUAUAAUGAAGUCUAUGAAAAAUAAAAUUAGCAGCAGUGCUCCCGCAAACCAACAACACGAUAUUACUUUAUCGUUGGAAUCAGGUUCGAGGAAUCCCCUGUCGCUGAUGCCAACAAGCACUUCUAUAGAGUGCCACAGUUCCUACCGAGAAAGAGAAUUAACCUCUUUAGAAGAUUCAAGCAUUUUUAGCACCAAUACAAUAUCAUCACCAUGUAUUAGAAAUGGAGUACCUAGCAAACCUCCCCGAAAUGCAAACGUUAAAGAUAAUCAAGUAUCCCUUAAAGUUCCGUUGAAAACGGGCUGUCUCAAUAAUUGUAACGUAUCGUCAGUAUUCAUACAAAGUACUAGCAAUCCUAUUAGUCAACCAGAUUCUGUAGAUGUAAUGAGCGUGCCAUCAUUGACUAAAGACGAACGAGAUUAUGAAUGUGUGCAAGGUAUUACAGAUGCCUGGAGAAAGCUAGGGAUUCAUGAUGUAAAACACACGGAAAACAUUCCAUCGUUACAAACUGAACUGCGAGAGUUUGCACGAAAACAUUCGCGAUCAGCACGUGAAUUAUCAUUUAAAUACCGUUCUAAUAUAGCAACUGUAAAUAAGAAAAUGAACUGCUCCGGUGUGGACGAUAACUACGACAAAUUAGAUUUUUUUCGUGCAAUUCAAAAGAGUAGUUGUGAGUAUAGAACCAUUGUGCCCAUCAAAUUACAAGAUACGAAUUCCAAUAAAAGCGUAAAUUCAUCGGAUGAUUACGAAAUAGUUGGUGAACCCUCGUUUGCGUCUGAUUUAAAUGAUGGCGGGAGUUGGUUAGAAGAGAUAAUUGAUGAUAAUGCAACGCUCGAAUCAAUAACGAUUGCUGAUACUUCAGUAUCUAAAACCGCAGACGAUAUUUUAGCAUAUGGUAUACAAAAAACAGACAUUCCAUUCAAUCCAACAUUUAUAGGUUCUUCUCCAGAUGAUCUAUGCAGAGAUGAAAAUGAACUAAACAAAAAUCUACAACUCGAAUAGACAGCUGGUCGCCAGGUGGUUUAGGCAGAGAUGAAAAUGAACUGAAAAAAAAUUUACAACUCGAAUAGACAGCAAACUCAAACGUGAAAUGUAGAAAUUCAAGAAUGGUUAAAUUAGUUUUGACUGUACUGUGUAAUCACGUACAAAAUAAAUAAGUUUUGUUCAUAUU